AUGGAUCUCCCCGUCACCUUCUCAUCCCCUCUCUCUUUCCUACACCGGCUGGCGAGAUGCAUUUGCCUUCAUUUGCUGCGCUUCGGGCCGAAGCCUAGACAUAUGGGAAUUAUAAUGGACGGUAACAGAAGAUUUGCGAAGAUGUCCAAUAUGGAGACAGCCAAGGGACAUGAGCUGGGGCUCACUGCACUGGAAGAGAACUUGGAAACAUGUUUCCAAGUCGGAAUUCGUACCGUUACAGUGUAUGCGUUCAGCUUGGAUAAUUUUCACCGCCCAAAGCCCGAGGUGGAUGCACUAAUGGACCUGGCUAAGAUACAUUUAGCUCGGCUGACUGGGCCGCAUGGUCUGCUCACAAGGUGGAAUGGAAAGCUCAACGUUGCUGGGAAUAACGAAAUGCUACGACCAGAUGUGCAAGAAGCAAUUCGAAAUGCAGUUUUGGCAACAGCAGGGGGGGAGGGCUAUGUUUUCAAUCUCUGCAUAGCAUACACAUCGAGGGAUGAGAUUACAACUGCAAUCAGGAACACAGUUAGUCUAUCCAAUAAUAUGCACAUCCCAGAGCAUCCCCCACUAGACCUGUUGAUUCGAACCUCUGGAGUCAGACGUCUCAGCAAUUUUCUCCUGUGGCAGUGCCAUCAGAAAACCGAAAUUCUCAUUCUGGACACAUUUUGGCCUCGUUUAAGAGGUUUUACCAUGAUGCUGAUGCUCUUACGGUGGAAAUCGAGAACAUGGCUGUCCCGCUUGUGGGGUGUAUGA